AUGAACGACUUGGUGCUUGUGGACGAGAUUUCUCAUCUUUGGAAGAUGUUGAGAAUAAUCGAAGAUUUUGGCGACGAGGUGGUGCUGCGCCACCUGUCGUGGCUGUUUGUGCAGGCGUAUGGGGCAGUGGUGCAUCCAAUGGCUGUUUUGCUCAUCACUCAUGGAAGUGAGCACCACGCCACAACAAUGCUCCCCCGCUUCUGCGCUGGCCAGGUUGAGUCAAGCUACAAGCUCCUCCUGGCUUCCAUGGCCUCCGUUGGUCUCUUCUCCAAGGAAGAGCGGCGCCGAAUCGACGAUCAUCUAGCUGCCAUUGUGGAGGAGGCUGCCGAUAAAACGUGGGCUGUCUCGUGGCUCGACAACGAUACGAAAAAAGUUGCCGUGGAAAAGCUGAAGAACGUACGCACAGUGUUGUGGCCUUCGGACAAGUUCCUCACUGCGGAAGCACUUGAAGUAGUUUACGCAAACUUCACCUACAGCGCUUCGUCGUUCGUCGAACACUGGAUCGAGACGCGUCGCAGCCAACGCCUGUUCAGCUCCGAGGCGGCCGAAGAGGAGCUGCUCCUGAAUGACAGCACUCAGCUGCCAUACGCGUACUACAGACACGUGCUUAACCACCUGACCCUCUCCUUGGGAGCACUGGCACCGCCUCUCUAUUGCAAGGAUGGCACCAAUGCCAUGUUUUACGGUGGCCUGCUGUACAUUUACGCUCGGAUGCUUGUCACUGCCAUUGACAGUGAUGGAGUUAAGUUCAACCCGCAAGGCGAGUUUGUGGCGUCUUGGUUGAGCCACAGCAUUCAGGACACUUUCGAGCAGCGAACGCUCCGCUGCCUACCCGGAAACACCAGCAUCUUUCCCGAAGUUCCCGCAAUGGAGGUGGCGUAUGCAGCAUUCAAGCGACGUCAUCAAAAGAGCAACAACCGGCUAUCUGAGGAGGCUGCCGAUAAAACGUGGGCUGUCUCGUGGCUCGACAACGAUACGAAAAAAGUUGCCGUGGAAAAGCUGAAGAACGUACGCACAGUGUUGUGGCCUUCGGACAAGUUCCUCACUGCGGAAGCACUUGAAGUAGUUUACGCAAACUUCACCUACAGCGCUUCGUCGUUCGUCGAACACUGGAUCGAGACGCGUCGCAGCCAACGCCUGUUCAGCUCCGAGGCGGCCGAAGAGGAGCUGCUCCUGAAUGACAGCACUCAGCUGCCAUACGCGUACUACAGACACGUGCUUAACCACCUGACCCUCUCCUUGGGAGCACUGGCACCGCCUCUCUAUUGCAAGGAUGGCACCAAUGCCAUGUUUUACGGUGGCCUGCUGUACAUUUACGCUCGGAUGCUUGUCACUGCCAUUGACAGUGAUGGAGUUAAGUUCAACCCGCAAGGCGAGUUCGUGGCGUCUUGGUUGAGCCACAGCAUUCAGGACACUUUCGAGCAGCGAACGCUCCGCUGCCUACCCGGAAACGCCAGCAUCUUUCCCGAAGUUCCCGCAAUGGAGGUGGCGUAUGCAGCAUUCAAGCGACGUCAUCAAAAGAGCAACAACCGGCUAUCUGAGGAACUAACCGAGGAGAAGGUGUUCUUCAUCACCGCCUGCCUAUCCUCCUGCGCUACGACGGCUGCCGCCAACCUCUAUGGCGGCGACUGCAACAAGGCGGUCAUGAACUUCGCGCCGUUCGCCGAAGCCUUCGGUUGUCCAGCCGGUUCGAAGAUGAACCCUGCGUCGAAGUGCCCGUUUUACGAUUGAUGUGGAAAACCUUUUCGUGCGCGCUAAUUUAUCCCGCCAGCACUGUUUCUUAAUUAA